GUUGGAUCAUUUAGUCAGCAAUCAUAAGGCUGUCAUUCGGUGUAAUAAAUUCGAUAAUAGACAAGCUUAAAAAAUUCAUAGAUGAAAAUCAUCCCACAAAAUAUUUGCAUAGUUGCUGAAAAAUCAGUCGCUCGGAUUAGUUUCGUAAACCACAUGCUAGUUUCAACAAGCUUCUCAAUUUGUCUGCAAUUGCAAAUUUUACAGUAUCAUAAAAGUGCAGCAUAAAAUAUAAUUUUUGAGAAGACAUAGUGCAG